UAUAUCGGUGGAUAACUUGAAGGCCGAAAUCGUGGUUCAUCUUGAGGCAUAGAUCAGCGAAAAAUUCAGAAGCCCAGGAUGUAUGUAGUAAGCAAAGAGCCUUAUUCAAUUGCAUUCCAUGAGAUUUCUGGGCCCAGAAUCUUGGAGAUGCGCAGGUGCAUGCGACGGGAGUGGGUGCCGGCAGGCUAACAGUCGGGCCGUGACAACAGAAAUAUUCCCGCAUGUCUCUCAAAAUUGUAAUCGUUGGUGGCCAUGGAAAUGUGUCCCUCCGACUUGCUCGCCUCCUUGUAGCCGCAAAGCAUACGGUCAUCUCACUCAUCAGAAAUCCAGAUCAAGAGGGUGAUAUUGAGGACACUGGCGCAACGCCUCAAGUAUUAUCUCUUGAGGACUCGUCGACCUUAGAUUUUGCCAAGGCUUUCGAAGGAAAAGAUAUUGUUUACUGGUCUGCGGGUGCUGGUGGAAAAGGUGGCGAGGAGAGGACCAAGAAGGUCGACUAUGAGGGUGCUAUAAAGGUCUUCGAUGCCAUCGAGGCAGUCCAAGGACCGAAGCCGCGGUUGAUUUAUGUAUCGGCUAUCGACCUUCGUGAUAGAAACUCCCCACCACCAGCGCAUUAUAAUGAGGCUGACAUCGUGCUUUCGGAGCGUGUGCAUAAAGUCAUACCCGCUUAUAUGCACUGGAAAUACGAAGCCGAGAAAGUGCUGGUGGCGCGCACCACGUUCAGCUGGACAAGCCUCAGACCAGGAGGUUUGACCAAUGACACUGGUACUGGCAAAGCAGCCCUAGGCAAGACUCACCUGUCACCCACCGUUUCGAGGGAUGAUGUUGCGAAAGUUUUAUUCCUGUUGGCCACUCGACAAGAUGCUAACGGCAUUGGGAUUGACAUAGUCGGCGGGGAGAAUCCUGUCGAAGACGAGCUGGACUCUGCAAUUAAGCAGCUGCAAACGGAGGCAGCUUGAUUCACUUGAAGCGAAAUCAAAAAGUGUAUUUUUACGAUUUGUUCCCCGCGUGAUCAACAUCAUUGAAUGCGGAGCAAACAAAAGGAUUUCAUAUACAGGAACAAGUAUUCCUUCAAGUUACUUUGAUGGUUGAGAAUGCUCCGGAGUUCGCCAUCUCCGCCGCCUCUGAUUUGACCGUCGACUCGCUUGCGCAAGAUGUGAUGUCAUCAAUGCGCCCAU